UUCCGCACGCCGUCGUUUUUCCUGCCGCUUCCUCUUUGCUUUCUUUCGCAUUCCUGCUCGCCAUCGCCCUUUUGUCCACCUCUUUCCCUCGCCCCUUCUCUCUUCCACACUAUUCCUCGCCGGAAGUGCCUCUUCCGCACCUUUAUGCCUCGCAUGCGGAGCUCAAGUCGUGCCGGCAUGAUGCUUCUCGGCUUAGGGCGUCACGACGAGCAGCCUCUUCCUGAGGUCCCGCCGAUCGAACAGCAGUCUCAGCCAUCAUAUCAACCCGCGAACACCUCCAGCUCGUCCGGUGCCGCCCCUAAGCGCACUUUCCAAGCCGCCGACUUAUCUUCCUUGUCUUCUUCGUCCUCAACAGCGUCUUCCUCGCCCUCAAACUCAGAACCAGCGAGCCCGAUCUACGCCGUCUCCAGCCUGCCUCCAUCAGCAUCCUAUUUCCAACAAGGAUUCGUGCCGACCUCCGCCCCUUCACUCUGGCCUCCCACCUCCUCUUCUUCAUCCUCGCAGCAGGGCACCCAUCACCCUCACUACUUUUACAGCACAGGCCACCGACAGAGCAUCUCCAAACGCCUGCCAUCGCUGGACGAAGUGCUCGCAGACGAGAGCGCGCCGCCCUUCAGCUUGACCGAGUUCAUGGCCUAUCUCGCGCAAAAUCACUGCCUAGAGACACUAGAGUUCACCAUGGACGUGCAGCGCUACCGCGAGGUCUACGAGAAUGCUGUCACAAUGAGCCGGCUGAACGACUCUCACCCGCACAACAACGUGCUCGGCAGCAGUCUGAACGACAAAAUCACCAGCGGUCACAGAGAGUUUGAUCACCUGAUGCUGCUGUGGCAUCGCAUCGUGGACUCGUACGUCCAGCGCGAGAGCCCGCGCGAGCUGAAUCUGCCGGCAGAUGUGCGCGACGAGCUGCUCGACAUGCACGAGACGAUCGGCGCGCCGCCGCGGCCGGAGAUGCUCGACGAAGCAGUGUCGGCGGCGAAGGAUCUCAUGAACGAGAGCGUAUUUAUGCGGUUCCUGAACGACACGCAAAACUCACUUAGCCUGAUGCACUCUGAGGAAGGGUCUAUCCCGACGUCGGUGGGAUCAAACAGCAGCAGCAGCAGCGGUAAUCAGCACGGACCCUGGCGUUUCCCAUCGCUUCACAGACAGACCGGCAGCGGUAGUAUGAGCAGCGGUGGCAACAGCAGUGGUAGCAACGGUUUUGGCAACGGCUACUCGCGAUCAAGAAUAAAUUCGCGCUCGCACCACGACAUCGCGCCGGACCAGCAAGUCCACGUCGAGUCCGAAGACGAGUCCUCUCUCUCGACCCGAAGUAGUCCCAUGACUCCUCCCGAGUCUCCUGAGCUGGACAUGACAGACGAGGAAAUGCACGGCACGCUGUCGUUCAACAACAGCGCGAACAGCGCCGGUAGCAGCUCCGGGUCAAGCAGACAUGGUCCAUGGCGGAGAAUGAGCAAGCGGUUCAAAUGGCGCGCCGGAAGUGCGGGCGCAGAGUGAAUGUGAAGAAAAAGAGAGAUUGUGUAUUAUAUGACAGUGUCUGGUGGCUUGUGCUUUUGUGUAUUGUUUUCACUUUUGUUUUGUCCUGCCUUUGGCGUUGCAUUUUGCAUUCCUUUGUUUUUUGAUAAAGUGUCUUUUGAUUAUUUGACAUGGCAUAUAGAUUUGCGUUUACU